AUUCUGAGUGCCUCCUCCAUUUACCGAAGGGGCCUCAUUUAGCUCUCUCUCUUUUCUUUCUCUCUUCUCUUUUCGUCAUUGCACUAGCUCACAAUCUUCUGUUGUCCCUGCAAAGCUAAAGAACGAGAGCAAAAAUGACUAUACCAAUUAGCCAGUUCCUAGCGUUAGCCCUCCUCUCCUUUUUUGUUGCCUCUGCAAUUGCUGAUGAAAAGCCUCGCGGUGUCACCUACGAUGGUCGUUCAAUGAUCAUCAAUGGCAACAGGGAAUUGCUCUUUUCUGGUUCUAUUCAUUACCCUCGUAGCCCUCCUGAGAUGUGGCAUGACAUCAUAAGGAAAGCUAAAGAAGGAGGUCUGAAUCUAAUUCAGACAUAUGUUUUCUGGAACAUUCACGAGCCGGUUCAAGGGCAGUUCAAUUUUGAAGGAAACUAUGACGUGGUGAAAUUCAUCAAGAUGAUAGGGGAGCAAGACUUAUAUGUGAACCUAAGAGUUGGACCUUACAUCGAGGCUGAAUGGAAUCAAGGUGGAUUCCCAUACUGGCUUAGAGAGGUUCCUAAUAUCACAUUCCGUUCUUAUAACGAACCCUUCAUGCACCACAUGAAAAAAUAUGCAGAAAUGGUGAUUGACUUGAUGAAAAAGGAGAAGUUGUUCGCACCCCAAGGAGGCCCCAUUAUCAUGGCUCAGAUUGAAAACGAAUACAACAAUGUCCAGCUUGCUUACAGAGAAGAUGGAAAGAAGUAUAUUAAGUGGGCUGCUGAUAUGGCUACUGGAUUGUACAAUGGAGUACCUUGGGUCAUGUGCAAGCAAAAGGAUGCCCCUCCACAAGUGAUCAACACAUGCAAUGGAAGGCAUUGUGCAGAUACUUUCACAGGUCCCAAUGGCCCCAACAAGCCUUCUUUGUGGACUGAAAAUUGGACUGCGCAAUAUAGGACAUUUGGAGACCCUCCAUCACAAAGAGCAGCUGAAGAUAUUGCAUUUUCUGUUGCUCGUUUCUUUGCGAAGAACGGAACUCUAACAAACUAUUACAUGUACCAUGGUGGCACCAACUUUGGAAGAACAGGCUCUUCCUUCGUGACGACUCGCUAUUAUGAUGAAGCUCCCCUUGAUGAAUUUGGUUUGAAGAGGGAACCCAAAUGGAGUCACUUGAGAGACUUGCACAGAGCUUUAAGACUGUCCAGAAGGGCUCUCCUUUGGGGAACUCCCACUGUUCAAAAGAUUAGCCAAGACCUCGAGAUUACUGUUUGGGAGAAGCCCGGAAGUGAUUGUGCUGCCUUUUUGACCAAUAAUCAUACCAAGCUACCAUCCACAAUUAAAUUCAGGGGUCAAGAAUAUUACUUACCGGAGAAGUCUGUUAGCAUUCUUCCUGAUUGCAAGACUGUUGUUUACAACACCCAAACGGUUGUUGCCCAACAUAAUUCAAGGAACUUCAUAGCAUCAGAGAAAGCAAAGAAUCUCAAAUGGGAAAUGUACCAAGAGAAAGUUCCAACCAUCAAUGACUUGCCACUUAAGAACAGAGAACCCCUGGAGCUCUAUAGUUUGACAAAAGAUACUUCAGACUAUGCUUGGUACAGCACAAGCAUCAACUUUAAUCGUCAUGACUUGCCCAUGAGACCUGACAUCCUCCCCGUCAUGUCAAUCGCAAGUAUGGGUCAUGCAUUGGGAGCCUUCGUUAAUGGCGAAUUCGUUGGGUUUGGACACGGUAACAACAUUGAGAAGAGCUUUGUUUUCCAAAAACCUGUCAUCUUGAAACCUGGAACUAACCACAUCACCCUUUUAGCUGAGACAAUUGGAUUUCCGAAUAGCGGAGCCUAUAUGGAAAAGAGGUUUGCUGGACCCCGAGGUAUAACUCUACAAGGCUUGAUGGCUGGAACCCUUGACAUAACCCUAAACAACUGGGGACACAAGGUUGGUCUAUCCGGUGAAAAAGAACAAAUAUUCACAGAAGAAGGUGCCAAGAAAGUGAAGUGGACUCCUGUGUCUGGUCCUCCACCAGGACCUAUCACUUGGUACAAGACCUACUUUGAUGCCCCUGAAGGCAACAAUCCAGUGGCCUUAAAGAUGGACAAAAUGCAAAAGGGUAUGAUGUGGGUUAAUGGUAAUAGCCUUGGUCGUUACUGGGUAUCAUUCCUCUCCCCUCUUGGACAGCCCACUCAAUCUGAGUAUCAUAUUCCAAGAGCUUUCUUGAAGCCAAAGGAUAAUCUCCUAGUUAUCUUUGAGGAAACCGGAGGUCACCCAGAAACCAUUGAAGUCCAAACAGUUAACAGAGACACAAUCUGCAGUAUUAUCUCCGAGUACCGACCUCCUAGCGUUAAGUCUUUUGAGAGGUCCGGAAGUCAAUUCAAUGCUAUCGUGGAAGAUCUAAAGUCAGGAGCUCAAUUAGCUUGCCCAGAAAACAAUCAAGUGAUCAAGAAAAUUGAGUUUGCUAGCUAUGGUAAUCCAGAUGGAGCUUGUGGAAACUUAUAUGUUGGGAACUGCACUUCUUCCAACAGUCUCAAAGUUGUAGAAAAGCAUUGUUUAGGGAAGAAUACAUGUGCAAUCCCAGUUGAGAGAGAAGCUUUUGACGAGCUAAGCAAGGAUCCUUGCCCUAAUACAUUCAAGACUUUGGCCGUCCAAGCAAAGUGUGGGCUUCCAUAGAAUAAUUAGAGUCACCCUCUUCAAAAUAUAUCUUACUUAUGUUUUAUGCAAAUUAAUUACAAUAUAUUUCAUCCAAAAGUUUUUGAUUUUUAUUUCUAUUUCGUUUUUGUUUCAUUAAUAAGAUUGGCUCAGCUGCUUUAUUGGUUGCUUC